CUGUGAUUCGGUCACCCGUGCUUUCGUCUAGAACGUUCGGGCGUUCUCCGCAGCCUUUUCACACACACACACCCACCCACUUCCUCUGCGCAACAGAACCAACAGACAUUAACGUCUCGGUGUCAAAUACUGGCGUUUUCUUUUUGCUAUUUUACGAUAUCUAACAUGGCAGAAGAGGAGGAUCGCGAUCCGCUUUCACCGCUUCCGCCAGUUCCUCAUCAUCCCGCCACCACAUCUUCUCCGGACAGUUCUCCGCUCUCUUCUGUACUUCCCAGCCCAGAGAGGUAUUUGGAUUUGAGAGAGCAAAGCGAAAGCAUCCUGAGAAAUUACAAACGCGUCGACCCAUCUGAUGACACAACUCACGUCCUGGAGGCGUUUCUGAAGCGCCUCUCGAAGGAAGGGCAGAUGAAUCUGAUGACGGACCUGGUUUCGGUCCCGGACAAGUUGCGCGAGUUGCGCGACUUUCUUGUCGCUGCGGUCCUCAAACCAAUGAAGAUGGCUGGUGGACAUCCCCCGAAUAUCCCAGAUUCUCCCCCCUGCGAUGCGAUUGAAGAAUCUCUGAGAACAAUCCAUCCGUCAUCCAGAGAUGAUCAAGUGGAUCUGAAGGACAAGUGUCGGGGCCGAGACGGGUUUCGGUGUGUUCUCUCAGGCCUCUAUGAUUUCAACCGCGCCAAAGAGCAGAGGUACCCAGAGGAGGGGAGCAAGACACAGCUCCCUUGCGAUUCCUUAGAAUGCGCACACAUUCUUCCCUUCGCACUUAGAAAGUUUGAAGAGAAUAAACCUGUCGAGAAACGAAACAAAGCUUGGAUUUGGUGGGCACUUCGACGAUAUUUUCCAUUCAUCCAAGGCAAAAUCGCCAGCGAUAGUAUCAACAAGCCUGAAAACGCGAUAACCCUGGCGCACGUGCUUCAUGUCUCUUUUGGAAAUUUCUGGCUUGCUCUUGAGCCCCUCGGUGCGUACCGCCGUCGCACGUACGAGGGAGGAUUUAAAUUGGUAGGGACCGAGUUCAUUCCAGAGAUCAUUACGUUUCAACAACAUGAUGACUCAGUCCCGAUGCCUGAUCCAGAUUUCCUCAGGCUUCAUUUCCAGGUUGCUGAGAUUCUCGAUGUAAGUGAGCUCUCUUGGAAGAUUGAUGUCGCGUCCCGGGAGGGCACGCGGAUGCGAUGCGAUAUAGCACCGGACGGCUCGACGGACAUAGCGUUCGCGAUCCGCACAAAGAUGCUGAUGGAUAUAUAAUGUGCUAGGCUAUUUCUGCAGCAUGAAGAAUGAGGUCCGAUUGGGGAAUUUGAUGAGAAACCCGCUGCCGAUGCUCUGGUUGCUCUGCUGAGAUGCCGAGGGCAAAAACCUUGGGGCCGUUGUAUUGUUAUGGACGUAGCGCGGCAAUUCGUACUCCGUACUUCUCAUCCUCUUGGCCUUCCUUCUUCGUUCACAGGGUUCCUGAAACCGGGCUUUGAAGGGAGGCUUAGCGGCUCUACUGCUGCUACGUGUUCAUUUGCAUAGG